ACUGGAGCGGUGGUGGCCGGGACGGCCUCAGAAGGACUCAGCGGUGCCGGAGCUGUGGCACAAGAUGCAUCAGGGCUGGUGAGCAGGGCAUGUGCAGCGGGGGGCAGCUCCAUAGGGCUUCAUCCACCUGAGGGGCUGGGCCAGCAUGGAGCCAGCCGGUGCCCUCCCCAAUGCCUCCUGUAACAGCAGCGGUGCCAGCAGUGCCCCACACUCGCCUGUGGCCACGGGGCUCAUCCUGCUGGCUGCCCUGGCCAUCCUGCUGGCCACAGUGGUGGGCAACACACUGGUGGUGGUGGCCAUCUCCACCAGCCGUGCCCUGCGAGCCCCGCAGAACCUCUUCCUGGUGUCCCUGGCCUCGGCAGACAUCCUGGUGGCUGUCCUCGUCCUGCCCUUCUCGCUGGCCAAUGAGGUGAUGGGCUACUGGCAUUUCGGCGGCCUGUGGUGCAGCCUGUACCUGGCGCUGGACGUGCUGCUCUGCACCUCCUCCAUCGGGCACCUCUGCGCCAUCAGCCUUGACCGCUACUGGGCCGUCACCCGGGCGGCCCAGCUCAACCUGCGGCGCAGCCCUGGGCGCGUGAAGGGCAUGAUCGGGGCGGUUUGGGCUGCGGCGGCGCUGGUGGCACUGCCACCACUGCUGUGGGCCCGGCCGGGCGGCCCCGAGUGCCAGCUGAGCCAGGAGACAUGGUACGUGCUGGCCUCCUGCACAGCAUCCUUCUUCGGCCCCUGCCUCGUCAUGAUCGCCGUGUACUGCCGCAUCUACCGCCUGACCACCCGCAGGGCUGCAGCCCUCCUCGCCGCCCGCUCCCUGCACCUUGCCGCUGCCAGCAGGAAGGGGCCAGGGAUCAGGAUGCCGGGCUGGCGGCGCCAGAGCCAGCACCAGAGCAUGCUGCUGUGCCGCUGGCGGCUGAUGCGGGCACAGGAGCGGCGCUUCACCAUGGUGCUGGCUGUGGUGAUGGGCGCCUUUGUGCUGUGCUGGUUUCCCUUCUUCUUCACCUACAGCCUGGGGGCUGUGUGUGGGGACGGCUGCCACAUCUCCAAGCCCCUCUUCAGCUUCUUCUUCUGGAUCGGGUACUGCAAUAGCAGCCUCAACCCCCUCAUCUACACCCUCUUCAAUCGGGACUUCCGCAACGCCUUCCGACGGCUCCUCACCAUCCCCCGCCAGCACUGCACCUAGGGACACACUGGGACACCGGGGAUGCAGCUCCCAGCCCUGCUCACUGCUGUCAGCACCCAGCCCCACCAUGGACCCUGGACUGCAGUGCUAGGGUGCACCUCAAGGAGAGAAAGAAGGAAUGACAUCCCAGUGCUGGAAAGGCUGUGUCCCUUGGGAGAGUGUGAGAGAUGGGACAGCAUGGGAACAAGCUCCAGCACAGCCUGAGGUGCAAGAGGCCACCAGGGGAACCAUGGGGUGAAGAGCCGGGGACAACCACAUCCCCUCAGGGGCAGCAAGAGCCCUGCGCCCGCCCUGCCUGGCUCCCUGCCCUGUGUUGCACAGACACGUGGGGGUCAGGGGCUGCUCCACUUCUCCAGCUUUAUGCUCAAAAUAGAAAACCUCAAGACAUCGGACUUUCACUCGGCUAAAAACAGCCACCAGUGCCUGGGAGCUAGAGCCCAAGGAAUGCCAUUCCCCAACAUCCCUCACCAUUCCCACCAGCCCGUGCUGAGGGGGUGCAGCUCAGCCAUGGGGUUUGGGGGUCUGGAAGGGAUGGGGAUACUCGCAGAGACAAGGAUUCCAUGUCCAUCUCCUGCACCUGCUGGCCCCAUGCGUGGAAGCUUGUGGCACGAACUUUGGGGCCAGUGGAAGCUCCCAGUGGAAUCGUGCUGGGGUGGGGCCCUGGCACUGACCCCUGGAUGUGGCUGGCUCCAGCGGUUGGAGCCCCGCUGGCACUGUCUGCGGAAGGAGCUGCCCUAUCGCUGCCGCCUGGCUUCCCCUCCACGGCUGCCUUUCUCCUUCUCAUAAUUAAACAGCAGUUUGCUUCUAAAAAUA